AUGGCUGGGCUAAGGACUUUUGACGCAUUCCCUAAAACGGAAGAGCAGCACGUCAGAAAAUCUUCCAAAGGUGGUUACACGUCAAUCUUGACCUACGUUUUUCUAAUUUUUAUCGCCUGGAGCGAAUUUGGUAGCUUUUUCGGCGGUUAUGUGGACGAGCAAUACGGUGUUUCUAAAGACCUGCGAGAGGCGGUCCAGAUUAACAUGGACAUGUUCGUCCACAUGCCAUGCCAGUGGCUAGAUGUUAUAGUCCAAGACCAUACGGGUGAUCGCAAGUUGGUCAGGGAAGAGUUAAAGAUGGAGAGCAUACCAUUUUUCCUGCCGUUCGGGACUGCUGUCAAUGAGAGAAACGAGAUCGCUUCGCUAGGCCUGGAUGAGGUUCUCGCGGAGGCUAUUCCAGGUCAAUUCAGAGACCAAAUCGACUUCGGUUCUGAGGACGAGAGUAAGGAAUUCAACGGAUGUCACGUAUUUGGCACAAUCACUGUUAACAUGGUGAAGGGCGAUUUGAUUAUCAUACCUCGGAGCCAGAGCGUGCGGGACUUUGGAAGAAUGCCCCCUGAUGCUAUUAACCUAUCCCACGUUAUCAACGAGUUUUCUUUUGGCGACUUUUACCCCUACAUCGACAACCCCCUGGAUAGGUCUGCUCGGAUCACCGCCGAACAUACCACGAGCUUCCACUAUCACACGUCAGUGGUUCCAACUAUUUUCCAGAAGCUGGGAGCGGAAGUUAAUACAAACCAGUAUUCGCUAAGUGAGACCAAGCACGAAACCCCCCCAUCUGGCCUGCGGGUUCCCGCCAUAAUCUUUUCCUACAGCUUUGAAGCCUUGACUAUCACGAUACGCGAUGAGCGCAUAUCUUUUUGGCAAUUCAUUGUCCGACUAGUCGCCAUUCUAUCAUUCAUCGUAUACAUCAUGACAUGGGCCUUCACGCUCUUAGACAUGAUUUUAGUGCUUCUUUUAGGUCCCAAGUGGUCGCUCCGCUACCAAAGAGAUGGCCGUCAAAAAACAGGCAUUUUAGAGUAA